UCUUAGAUCAAAUAAUUUUCAUUUUAAUAGCUGAAAUUUAUCAUUUUUCAGAUUUUCAUAAACCCUUUUUGAAUUUUGUUUUUGAAGAAUAGGGUCUGCAUCUGUUCAAAACUUGAACUUUGGCCCCUCCAUUUUUUUUUCUUUCACUCUCCAAAAUCACAAUCGUCAAUUUAACAUUUUUAUACACAGAAACAAAGCGCGGGAUACCCAAAAAAUUUCCUCACUCUCCCUCUUCUAUAUCUACACAAAUUUAUAUAUAUAGAGAGAGAAAGCUUUCUCUCUCCAAAAUCUAUAGCCCUUGAUUUUCAUCUGGGUUGUUUUGGAGUUUGCUGAAACCCCUUUGAAGAGUUUUGAAGAUGAAGCUGAUACUAUUGAUUUUGUAGAUUUAGCUGGUGUAAGGUUGGAGGUUGUUUUAAUCAGUUACUUUUUGAAAGAGAUCUGUGGUUAAAAAAUGUUGGGUAGUGAGCAACCUUUGGAUUUGUAUAAGCUUUUCAUGGUAGUGAAGGACAAAGGUGGUUAUGAUGUUGUUUGUAAGAAUCGGUUGUGGGAUUUGGUUGGUGAAGAAUAUGGAUUAGGUGUGAAAGUUGGUUCAUCUGUUGAACUGGUCUAUAGUAAGUAUUUGAGUACUCUAGAGACACCUUUGAAGAAUGUUGUUGAUGAUGAGGUUGCUAAGUGUGGUUUAGUCGAUGAUAGAGUUAAAUUUGGUGAGCGUUUGAUGGAGUUGCAAGCUGAAUUCUUGCUGGAUGAUUAUGGUGAGGAAGAUGCGGGCGAUGAACUUGAGAGUGUAUAUGACUGUGGGAGGAAGUUGUGUGGUACUAAUAGAGUGAAGGGUGUGAAUUCAAAGUUGAAUGCGGCUGAACUAGAAAGAGUGUAUGACUAUUUAGAUGGGAGGAAGUUGCGUGGUGCUAAUAGAAUGAAGGACGCGAAUCUUGAGUCUAAUGCGGCCAAGAAAGUUAAGAAUGGAGGACUUGUCGAUAUGCAUAUGGAGGAGUUGGAUGGGAACAAAAUAUUGGCAGUGGAUGUAUCCAACACAGUAAACAAAAUGCCCGGAUUGUCAGAUGGAAGCAAGAGGCAUGAUAGUGAUGACAAUGCUGACAGUGUUGAUGAUGUCUUGAUAUUGGAUCCUUCUAGUGUUAAUAGAGAGAACUUUGGUAGGAAGAGGAAGAGAGAGUCUAUGUCAGAAGUGCUAAGUUGGGUUACUAGAACUGCAAAGAAUCCUUGUGAUCCUGUUGUAGGUUCAAUACCUGAAAAGUCAAAGUGGAAGUCUUGCCGUAAUGAAGAGAUCUGGAAGAAGGUUUUGUUGUUUCGAGAAUCAGUCUUUUUGAAAAAAGAUUUUGGAUCAAACUGUGAAAAGCUCAGUUGGCUGGCUCAGAGGAUGCAUCCUGCCAUGUAUGAUGAUAAUUUUGGGGCAACUUACAAUCUUAGACAGAGAAUCAAAUGUGACAAUGGACUUUUAGCUGGAAAAUCUGCAUCUAAGGGAAUAUUUUCACGUAUGCAAAGAACACCAAGUCCGCAUACCGACGACCGUGCCAAGAAAAAGUUACUUGACUCAAGUGCUCCAGAAUCAAGUCUUGAUACACCUGCCACAGUGAACAUCCCUCUUGGACCAAAUCAUCAAGCUGAAGUGCCCAAAUGGACCGGCACGACUCAUGAAAGUGAUUCUAAGUGGUUAGGAACCCAAAUAUGGCCACAAAAAUCUGCAAAAUCAAACCUCUUAGAAAGGGACCCUAUCGGAAAAGGAGGGGAAGAUUCAUGUGGUUGCCAUGUACAAGGUUCCGUUGAGUGUGUUAGAUUUCACAUUGCUGAGAAAAGGGCUAAAGUUAAGCUGGAAUUAGGUGUAGCCUUUUACCAAUGGAAUUUAGAUAAGGUAGGCGAAGAUGUUAGGCGAUGGUGGACCCUUCCAGAAGAGGAGAAGUUCAAUGAUAUAGUGAAAUCGAACCCUGCUUCGCUGGAUAGAUGUUUCUGGGACGAUAUUUUUAAAACAUUUCCUAAGAAGAGUAGGGAAAAUUUGGUCAGCUAUUACUUUAAUGUCUUUCUUUUGCAGCGCCGAGGAUACCAGAAUAGGCACACUCCAGAUAACAUUGAUAGCGAUGAUGAUGAAUCGGAAUUUACACCGUUGAGGGGUGUUUUUGGACAUAAAAAAAAUAAAUCAAACAUCACCUUAUUAUCCCCUAAGAAGCCACAGUCAAAGCCACAUACAAAGGGAAGAUAGCUUGUGAAUGUUUGUCAAAACAUGAGCUUCUGAGACUCAACAUUUUGAAAAUUUGUGUUUCUUCACUGCUGCAAGGACUAAAGAUUGUUUUGGUGUAGGGUCAGUUGUGAGGUAAAAGAUGUUGCCUUUGGUGGUGGAAGCAGCUAACUAGAAGUUAAAGUUGCUAUUUUGUUAACAUGCAUUCAAUUUUGAGACAUGCAACAUUGUCUGUUCACACUGAUGCACUGCACAUAUUUUCACCAGGUUUUGACAAAGGUUACAUGAAAGUUAAAACAACAGCAUCAAGAAGAUACGUCAAAACAUUUUUUGUUGUAGACAAUCAUGAAACAAAUGCAUCAAAGUUUUAACUUAAAUUUCAGCUGAUCCUAGUUUCUCUAUGGAUGUUUCUUUCAAUGCAAUGUGGAAAUUAUUUUAGGCUCAGGUUAGGUAUUAGCAAGUUUGUCAAGUGAUUAUACUUUCUACUUGGAACUAAGACAUCAUUUUGAUCCUUUCUAUAAUUUACUUGGAACUAAGACAAUUGAAUUUGGUUUGUGUAUUUGGCCUUUCUUGGAUAUUUUCUUGCAAGUGAUUUUUAUAGUGUGAA